CGCCGGCGGCGAAGGGCGGGGGAGGAGGAGGAGCGAACCGGACUCGGGGGGCGGCUGCACAGUCUCCGGGAUCCCCAGGCCUGGAGGGGGGUCUGCGCGCGGCCGGCUGGCUCUGCCCCUCGUCCGGUCCCGAGCGGGCCUCCCUCGGGCCAGCCCGAUGUGACGGGGCCCAGCGGAGCCUGAGCAAGGAGCGGGUCCGUCGCGGAGCCGGAGGGCGGGAGGAACAUGACAUCGCGGAGAUGGUUUCACCCGAACAUUACUGGCGUGGAGGCAGAAAACCUACUGUUGACAAGAGGAGUUGAUGGCAGUUUUUUGGCAAGGCCCAGUAAGAGUAACCCUGGAGACUUCACACUUUCCGUUAGAAGAAAUGGAGCGGUCACGCACAUCAAGAUUCAGAACACUGGGGAUUACUAUGACUUGUAUGGAGGGGAGAAGUUUGCCACUUUGGCUGAGUUGGUCCAGUAUUACAUGGAACAUCAUGGGCAAUUAAAGGAGAAGAAUGGAGACGUUAUUGAGCUCAAAUAUCCUCUGAACUGCGCAGAUCCUACCUCUGAAAGGUGGUUUCAUGGACACCUGUCUGGGAAAGAAGCAGAGAAAUUAUUAACGGAGAAAGGAAAACACGGCAGCUUUCUUGUGCGAGAGAGCCAGAGCCACCCUGGAGAUUUUGUUCUCUCUGUCCGAACUGGUGAUGACAAAGGAGAGAGCAAUGACGGCAAGUCUAAAGUGACCCACGUCAUGAUCCGCUGUCAGGUAAAGCCCCAGGAACUGAAAUAUGAUGUUGGUGGAGGAGAACGGUUUGACUCUUUGACAGAUCUCGUGGAGCAUUACAAGAAGAAUCCCAUGGUAGAAACAUUGGGCACAGUAUUACAACUCAAGCAGCCCCUCAACACAACUCGUAUCAAUGCUGCGGAAAUAGAAAGCCGGGUUCGAGAACUGAGCAAAUUGGCUGAGACCACAGAUAAAGUCAAACAAGGCUUUUGGGAAGAAUUUGAGACACUACAACAGCAGGAGUGCAAACUUCUCUACAGCCGAAAAGAGGGUCAGAGGCAAGAAAAUAAAAACAAAAACAGAUAUAAAAACAUCCUGCCCUUUGAUCAUACCAGGGUUGUCCUGCAUGAUGGUGAUCCCAACGAGCCUGUUUCGGAUUACAUCAAUGCAAAUAUUAUCAUGCCUGAGUUUGAAACCAAGUGCAACAAUUCAAAGCCCAAAAAGAGUUAUAUUGCCACACAAGGCUGUCUGCAAAAUACGGUGAAUGACUUUUGGCGGAUGGUGUUUCAAGAGAAUUCCCGAGUGAUUGUCAUGACAACGAAAGAAGUGGAGCGAGGAAAGAGUAAAUGUGUCAAAUACUGGCCUGACGAGUAUGCUCUAAAAGAAUAUGGGGUCAUGCGUGUUAGGAACGUCAAAGAGAGUGCCGCUCAUGACUACACGUUAAGAGAACUUAAACUCUCAAAGGUUGGACAAGCUCUACUCCAGGGGAAUACGGAGAGAACGGUCUGGCAAUACCACUUUCGGACCUGGCCAGACCAUGGAGUGCCCAGUGACCCUGGGGGCGUGCUGGACUUCCUGGAGGAGGUCCACCAUAAGCAGGAGAGCAUCAUGGACGCUGGGCCUGUGGUGGUUCACUGCAGUGCUGGAAUUGGCCGGACAGGGACGUUCAUUGUGAUAGAUAUCCUUAUUGACAUCAUCAGAGAGAAAGGUGUUGACUGCGACAUUGACGUGCCCAAAACCAUUCAGAUGGUGCGGUCUCAGAGGUCAGGGAUGGUCCAGACAGAAGCACAGUACCGAUUCAUCUACAUGGCCGUCCAGCAUUAUAUCGAAACACUACAGCGCAGGAUUGAAGAAGAGCAGAAAAGCAAGCGGAAAGGGCAUGAAUAUACAAAUAUUAAGUAUUCCCUAACGGACCAGACAAGUGGAGAUCAAAGUCCCCUCCCGCCUUGUACCCCAACACCGUCCUGUGCAGAAAUGAGAGAAGAUAGUGCUAGAGUCUAUGAAAAUGUGGGGCUGAUGCAGCAGCAAAAAAGUUUCAGAUGAGAAGAACCAGCAAGACUUGAGCACAGAAAUAGAUGUGGACUUUCACCCUCUCCCUAAAAAGAUCAAGAACAGAUGCAAGAAAGUUUAUGUGAAGAAUGAAUCUGAACUUGGAAGGCUUGCGUUGUGGUCAGACUACCUUUUGAUAAACAAAAUUUGAAACCAUUUAAAGACCACUGUGUUCUAACUCAGUGAUACCUGAUUGCCAGUUGUUCAUUUCCUCAGAUAAGAAGAAAUCAUCUCUACAAUGUAGACAAUGUUAGAUUUUAUAGAAGUUUAUUUUAAAGUGAGGAAGCAGUUAAAUUGUGCUCUAUAUUUUGCAGAUGGUGGUGAUACAAAUUCCAGUUAUUGGCAUUUUUUUUUUCUUUCUAUAACCUUAACAGAUUUACUUUUUUUCCUCUUUGUGGAGGAUGAUAGGGCACUUGUAAGAAGAAAAAUGAUUGAGGGGAAAUUCAGUGACAACAUCCUGUAGAAGUGAGGACGGUUUCAUUUAUCAUCGUCUAUCCAGUAGUGGGUAAUGCAUUUUGAUGGCCUCUUUUUUUGGCUAAAUAAUAAUUAAGCCAGUGCCCCAGACCGUCAGAAGUUGACUGUCUACCUGUGCUUUGCGGUUGAAAAACCAUGGGAAAAAAGUCAUGGGAACUUAGGAUAAAAGGUGUGUUUUCUUCUUAGCAGAUGACCAAUUCCUGUUCCGCCUGUUGACUGAGAAGGUUGUGGUGGGAAAACGUUUGCCAUGUUUUCUUUUCAUUUGAGUAAUUGUCUUGUAUUUAGGAAAAAAACGCAUCCAUGGAUAACCAGUGUUUUGGUUAUCAGUUGUUGUGGACAAACCACACCAAAACUUAGUGGCUUAGAACAACAACUUUUUCUCUCACUGUUCUUCAAUCUGGCCUGGGCUCGGCUGAGCUGUUCCUCUGCUCAUCCUGCUGGUGUCAUUCAUGUGGGCGGCAGGUUGGCUGAAGAUGUGGGAUAGCUGGGCCUGUCUGUCUGCAUGCAGUCCCCAGGUGUCUCCUUCUCUGUGUUAUCUUUCCACGUGGCCUCGCCAGCAGGGUAGCUGGACUGCUUACAUGGCAGCUCAGAGCUCCCAAGGGUGUAAAGCAGUAGUGGCCAGGCCUUCUUAAGAGUUAAACCCAGAGCUCUCACAGCAUUGCUCCUCCUGGCCUCUCUUGAUUAAAGCGAGUCACAGACCCAGGCCCGAUUCAGGAAGAGGGCACUACAUGAGGGUGUGAGGUAGACAUGUGGUUCAUCGGGGCCCCCAGCAUAACAGACUGUCAGAACCAGUGCCAUGGAAAACAGCUGCAGUUAGCAAAAGUAGAAGCUGCUAGUGACCUUGGAAGCUGCUUGUGAUAGCUCUGUAAGCUGAAAGUCAGACCGAGAAACAGGGCCUUCAGGAAGCUUCCUGCACCAGUUCUGCGUGCUCUGAGUGUAUUUUCUGAACCAUCACGUGGGACACCUGGUCUCAUGAGGCCGGCUGUGUUUAGGGGGCAGAGCAUCCGGAAGCAGGACCACCCCAUCACCACAGCACCCGCAGAGGGAGGUGGGUGCGGUGCCUUCUUCGUGCCCCUGCUGUCAGUCUGGCCUCACCCACAGUCAGUCAGGCGGCAGGGGAAGGCGCAGUGCUCAUGAGGCCGCUCGUCAGAGGGAGUUAACAGGAGCUCAUUUCGGUUUUAACCAAGCAGUAAGAUUUGCUAGCGUCAUGCCUGAAGUGCCUUUUCCACAGACGUCCCUCUCUGGCCUGAGUGUGAGUCGUCGUUCAGCGAGAGCGUCUGACCUGAGGGAUCAUUGCCUGACUUCGUGAAGAUGGGAGAACGCUGCGGCAGCUUUGCCCUUAAGUCCUGGUCUCCUGACUUGGAUUCUUCUUGCUUCUGCUCCUGAACGGAAGGCCUGCGUCAGCCCUGGGGGAAGUUUCUCCCUGAGGUCCUUACCUCCCUUGAACCCCCGAGGUGACUUCACAGGCAACUGCAGCGAUCCCCCGCCCCCGUGUCCAUUGAACUUAGUUGCUUCAGAACACGGGAGCGGCCUGCAGGCAGUCGCCUCCCAAGAGGAAUGUAAGUGACCACUGUCUUCUUGUCACGCCUGUAAAGAAGGAGGCCCCAGUUCAGUAUUUGCGACAAGGACGUGGAAUCCUGCUUUUUAUUUUAUCGCAUCGUCACAUUGAAUGGUCCUCCGUUUUGCCUUGAUUUCAUGGUAAUGUCUUGACCCUGGCCUUCGGGGGCGGGGUCUUUCACCAGCACACUCGGGUCUGAUUGUGUAGAGGUGUCUGCUGCAUUGGCGGCUCCGCCUGCAGCUUAGGAGCAGUGGUUUUGCCCUUGGAGUGGGAACACCUGCUCUUGGCCAGCUUUGUUCCAGGACAAUGAUUUCAUUUAGGUUUCCCUCCACGAAGUCAGCAGUCAGGUUGGCUGAUGCAAGACAGGAUCGCAGUAGUCCCUAGGUUGCUGAGGUUUGUGGUGUGUUUGGUAAAAGGUGAUCGCAGGUUCUCAGAUGAGAUGAGUCAACACGGGAUGGAGUCAGGCAGUGGGGCUGUGAAGAUGCGGGGAGCUCGAGGUGCGAGUUUAAGAAAGCAGUGGAAAUGGAAGUUCCCAAGAGCUGGUUUCUGAGGAAGUCGGGGGCCCAGGGCCGGAGCAGUCGGUGAUGGUUGGAUCAGGUUACCUGGAAGAUGGGAUGUGUAGAGGCACGUCUGCAGUCUGCUUCUGGUUGCUGGUAGACAUUAAAUUUGCACAAUAUCCCAUAGCUGGCUGAGUAUUUUAAAAUUAUAGGCAUAGGAUUUUAUAUUUGGGAUGAAGAAAUUAUCUGGCACAUGGUAUUGGGGUUUUUUAAAAAAGCCAAAUUUCAGAGUCUUAAUAGCUUUUUUAAAAAAAAAAACAAAAAGACACCUCCUCUCCAGUGUGUGGCCCUCCUGCAAGUCAUGGUAAUCUCCCCCACUGAAAUCAGUGACUUUUCACACGUGGCUAAAUGAGGGUGAGAAGAUGUGUUUACGACUUUCUUGGUGUCUGUGCAUUCUUCACGGAGCCCGGUUGCUUUGGAAGAGCCAAGAAGAUCGUCAAGAUUAUCUUUAGGGGUUAUCUUCCUGGGGUUUUUAAGAACUAAUAUAAUGUCCUGGGUUAUCUCUAGUUCGGGGGAAUGUGGAAAGGUCUGCAGCUGUGAAGUGUUUGUAGCUCAUUAAUCCGUAAGGGAAACUUGGGCUGUAGACAGAAGUACGAGCCCAGCCCGCUUUUUGUUUUCUGUGUGUUGUCGGGGGAAUAAAGUUUUAUGUAACAAGCACAUUGCCUCCCUGGUUUCAAGAUGCCUUUAUUAGGAUCUGUACUAGCCCUGAAUUUUGUUGAAAUCUUUUUCCCUCUUCCUAUUGAAAAAUAAGUUCCAAAAUAUAGUUUAUUGUAUCUUCUUCCAUCAUUAAAAAGUUUGUUCUUUUUCACUAUGGGCAGUUCACACAAGGCAAAAAUAGUAAACAGUUGGUUUUCAUGUGUUGUAUAACUUUGCUGUAUAUCAAACUAAUUUUUACAAGUUUUCAUCCUAAACCUCAAAUCAUGUAAUUAAUAAUUUGCCUGUUUAUUUAUGACCUAAUUGUGAUUCUUUUAUUAAUAAAAGCUAAUGGAAAAGGAUCCUUUAUUAAGCUGACGACUAGACCUACAUUUAAUUUUCCUGCAGUAUAUGAAGUAUUGUACCAGAGUAUUAAAAGAUAUGUAAUAUUUUAUUGAUAAAUCUAUCCUUUAAAAGGAAUACGUUUUAGGAUGUCAUCAUUUUGAUGUGAAUCAUGUAAAUGUUGAUAAUAUACACUGUUUAUUAUACAUUUAGUGUUUCAAGAGAUUCACUUAAUUGCCUUUUUGCCCACGUAUAUUAUGUAGUCUAUUUGCAAUUGUUUUAAAAAAAUGACAUUAAAAGGAUAGUUUAUGUAGAGAAACAUUAGUGGAUGUUAAUUGUCUCCCCACCUGUAUUUAUGGGUGUUAGUUCAACUGCUUUGCUAGUUGCAAAGCCAUAUUAUCAGAGUAAAAGUGUAUUUGUAAACUGUAUGGGAACUAAAAAUUAGGAAUAAAACCAUUUUCUUAUAUUA